AUGUUUACUGGUCAGAAUCGCAGAAUAGAUGAAAGAAUUCUUCAACAUUUGCCUACUCUAGUUACGCCGGAUCAGAACCAGAAACUGCAAGAAAUGCCUACUUUAGAGGAACUAAAGCAGGUGAUGUUUGCCAUGAACCCAAAUUCAGCACCUAGUCCGGAUGGUAUAGGUGGCAAAUUCUACCAAGCAUGCUGGAACAUCAUUAAAGAGGACCGGCUAGCUGUUGUACAGUACUUCUUUUGUGGUCACAUUAUGCCUAAGUUGAUGUCACAUGCAUGCCUGGUUUUGCUUCCCAAAAAGGAACAGCCUAACAAUUUUUCUGACCUCAAGCUUAUUAGUCUCAGCAACUUCUCAAAUAAGAUCAUAUCCAAACUUCUAAGCAUGAGACUGGCUGUUAUCAUCCCUCUGCUCAUCUCAGACAUUCAAUCAGGGUUUGUAAGAGGGAGGAGCAUCACAGAAAGUAUCAUGCUUGCACAAGAAAUCACUCAUGACAUUAAGAGGCCUAAAGAAGGAGACAAUGUAGUAAUCAAACUAGACAUGACCAAAGCUUAUGACAGAGUGUCUUGGUCCUUUACUUGCUUGGUACUGAGGAGAUUGGUUUUGGGAGUUCUUCAUUGA